AUGUCAUCAGGGAAUUCAUCUGUCCCGCAAAAUCCUCAUACUUUAAAUAGUGUUGUUGGUGAAAGCAAUGAAACUAUUAAUGAAGUUAAUGAACAAGCUGAAGGAGUUGAAAGGGUAGGCUUACAUUUAGAUGGUUAUGACACACCACUAAACGAAGAAACAGAAACCCAACAAGAGUUUCAAACAAACAAAAGGAAAAAAACUUCAGGUGUGUGGGUUGAUUUUCAAGUGGUGAAUGUAGCUGGAACACAAAAGGUAGAAUGUAUUCAUUGUCAUCAUCGGUUUGCAUUUAAUAAAACGGGAACGACAACGAGCUACAAGAGGCAUCAAGAGAAAUGUGCUAUGAGGAAGAAAACUGUGCAGGUGGUUGAUAAUCAAACAAAGUUAAACUUUUUGCCCAGUGAUGGAGUUUCAUCUUCUAUUCCUCCAUUACAUCAUGGAAGGGUUGACAUUUCAUCUUCUAUUCCUCCAUUACAUCAUGGAAGGGUUGACAUGGAAGUAGUGAGAGAGUCAUUACAUCAUGGAAGGGUUGACAUGGAAGUAGUGAGAGAGUCUAUUGCCAAUUGGAUCAUGAUGCAUGAGCAUCCAUUUACCCUUGUGGAAGAAGCAGGAUUUAACGUCUUGAUGAAAAGUAUAAUGCCAGAGUGGAAACGGAUUAGUAGAAGCACAAUCAAAUCAGAUUGUUUGAAGGUCUAUGAGAUUGAAAAGAAAAAGUUGAAGAACAAUCUAGAAUCCGUUAGUAAAGGCAUUGAAAGGAAAGUUUUUACGAUUACAGUUGACAAUGCUACCAGUAAUGAUUCUGCAAUUCGGUACAUGAAGGAUACACUUCAAAGAUCAAGAAGUUUGGUAUGUGGGGGGUGUUUAUUUCAUGUUCGUUGUUGUGCACACAUUUUGAACUUGUGUGUUCAAGAUGGAUUAGAGGAGAUUAGGCAUGUCAUUUGUGAUGUUCGGGAUAGUGUGGAGUAUGUGAACCAAUCAGAGGCUAGGCGUAUACAAUUUGCGGACUGUGUGCAACAAUUACAAUUGAAAGAUAGGAAAUUGAUACGUGAUUGUAAAACAAGAUGGAACUCCACGUUUGAGAUGCUAAGUUGUGCACUGAAGUUCAAAGAAGCCUUCAAGAUGCUAAAAGAUCGGGAUCCAUUCUUUGACAGUUGUCCAGAAGAAGAUGAUUGGGAUAAAGUCACUAAAGUUUGCUCAAUUUUAGAGGCUUUUUGGACAGCUACUCACAUUAUAUCAGGUUGUGAGUACCCUACUUCAAAUUUGUUUCUUCAAGAAGUUCAGAAAAUCAAAUCAGCAUUGGAUAGCCAUGUUCUAACACUUUCGGAAGCCAAACCACCCACCCAACUUCUACAUAUCAUUGGGAUGAUUUUGAUGCAUAUUGUGAAGAAGUUGAGACUGCAGAGCCUACAAGAUCAGAGCUAG